CUCGUCCCAGUCUCCGGUAGCGGCGGCGAGGUUUUUUUUAAACUCAAAUGGGUGAUGAAAAGGAUUCUUGGAAAGUGAAAACCUUAGAUGAAAUUCUUCAGGAAAAAAAACGAAGGAAGGAGCAAGAAGAGAAGGCAGAGAUAAAACGUAUGAAAAAUUCAGAUGAUAGGGAUUCAAAGCGGGAUUCUCUUGAAGAGGGGGAGUUGAGAGAUCAUCGCAUGGAAAUAACAAUCAGAAAUUCACCUUACAGGAGGGAAGACUCUAUGGAAGACAGAGGAGAAGAAGAUGAUUCCUUGGCUAUAAAACCACCACAGCAAAUGUCACGGAAAGAAAAAACCCAUCACAGAAAAGAUGAGAAGAGGAAAGAGAAACGUAGACAUCGUAGUCAUUCAGCAGAAGGGAAACAUGCCAGAGUGAAAGAGAAAGAACGGGAACAUGAGCGUAGGAAGAGACAUAGAGAAGAGCAGGAUAAAGCCCGUCGUGAAUGGGAAAGACAGAAACGGAGAGAAAUGGCAAGGGAGCAUUCCAGGAGGGAGAGCAGAAACUUUUACCUUUGUAAAGAUCGUCUGGAGCAACUUGAGCGAGAACGAGAGAGAAAAAUCAGAGAGCAGCAAAAAGAACAAAGAGAGCAAAAAGAACGAGAAAGGCGAGCUGAAGAAAGACGUAAGGAACGGGAAGCCAGAAGAGAAGUUUCUGCACACCAUAGAACAGUGAGGGAAGAAUAUGGAGACAAAGUAAAAAUGAGACCCUGGAGUCGCAGCCCAUUACGACAGCAAAGAGACAAGCUUGAGCAAGGAGAUAGCAGGAAACCAGUAAAAGAAGAGAAACCAGAAGAGAGAGAUCCUCUUUCAGACUUGCAAGACAUCAGUGACAGUGAGAGAAAAACCAGCUCAGCAGAGUCUUCAUCAGAAUCUGGAUCAGGCUCAGAAGAAGAGGAGGAAGAGUCUAGCAGUGAAGGUUCUGAGGAAGAGGGAGAGGAAGAGGAGGAGGAGGAAGAGACGGGAAGCAAUUCUGAGGAAGUGUCUGAGCAGUCAGCUGAAGAGGUGAGCGAGGAAGAAAUGAGUGACGAGGAGGAACGGGAGAAUGGAAACCACAUCCCAGUUGUUACAGAGUCGAGGUUUGACCGAGAUUCAGCAGGAAGCGAAGUAGAAGAGGAGGAAGUAGGGGAGGGUAGCCCUCAUUCCAACGCAAUGACCGAAGGAGACUAUAUUCCCGACUCACCAGCUUCCUCCCCCAUUGAACUGAAACAAGAGCUUCCUAAGUAUCUUCCUGCACUUCAGGGAUGUCGUAGCGUGGAGGAAUUUCAGUGUUUGAACAGAAUUGAAGAAGGAACAUACGGUGUAGUGUACAGAGCAAAAGACAAGAAGACUGAUGAAAUUGUGGCUCUGAAGCGACUGAAAAUGGAAAAGGAAAAGGAAGGCUUUCCCAUUACUUCUCUGAGAGAAAUAAAUACUAUUCUGAAAGCACAACAUCUAAAUAUUGUCACUGUCAGAGAAAUCGUUGUAGGUAGUAAUAUGGAUAAAAUCUAUAUUGUAAUGAACUAUGUAGAACACGAUCUCAAGAGUCUGAUGGAAACAAUGAAGCAACCAUUUCUACCAGGUGAAGUGAAAACCUUGAUGAUUCAGUUACUGCGAGGAGUCAAACAUCUUCAUGACAACUGGAUACUUCACCGAGACUUGAAAACUUCCAACCUGUUGCUCAGUCAUUCAGGCAUUUUAAAAGUUGGCGAUUUUGGACUAGCUCGAGAAUAUGGGUCUCCACUGAAGCCUUACACGCCAGUGGUUGUGACGCUUUGGUACAGGGCUCCGGAGUUGUUGCUUGGAGCCAAGGAAUAUUCAACGGCGAUAGACAUGUGGUCAGUAGGGUGUAUAUUUGGAGAGCUGUUAACGCAGAAGCCACUGUUUCCAGGGAAGUCAGAAAUUGACCAGAUUAACAAAGUUUUUAAGGAUCUGGGUACUCCAAGUGAAAAAAUCUGGCCUGGUUACAAUGAGCUGCCAGCAGUAAAGAAGAUGACAUUCACAGAAUAUCCCUAUAACAAUCUACGCAAGAGAUUUGGAGCACUCCUCUCUGAUCAGGGGUUUGAUCUGAUGAACAACUUUUUGACAUACUACCCAGCCAGAAGAAUUACUGCCGAAGAUGGUUUGAAGCACGAGUAUUUCCGAGAGACUCCCCUUCCUAUUGACCCCUCCAUGUUUCCCACCUGGCCAGCAAAAAGUGAACAACAAAGGGUAAAACGUGGCACUAGCCCACGACCACCUGAGGGAGGCCUUGGAUAUAGUCAACUGGGUGAUGAUGAUCUGAAAGACACAGGUUUUCAUCUGACCACCACAAAUCAAGGAGCAUCGGCUGCAGGACCUGGUUUCAGCCUCAAGUUUUGAACUCAGCAUGAAAGGGGAAAAAAAGAAAAAAAAGAGAACCUUUCAUGUGAGUGGAUUUCUGAGUGCCCCAGUUCUGUUCUUCACAUCAGGGAGACUAGAUGUUUUUCACAGGGAAAAAGUCAAAUGUCAUCACAGAUUCAAAGGCUCUUGGCUGGGUGUGGAGUAUAACUAACUGCUGCAUUCCAUUAAAGGACUGGAAUUAACCUGAAAAGCCAAGGAUCAUUACAAAAUUUGACAAAGGAAAACUUGAAGUACAAUCCUGGAACAGUUUCUGGUUUAUUUUUAGUUUUUUUCAUUGGGUUUGUUUUCUUUUGGUUUUUUCCGUGUAAAUUUGUAGAAUUAAAAUACAUUUUUAAUUGUUUAACAGUGUGAAGGAUUUCAUUUCUUCACAUGCAGCAAACUGGGAUGUUGGUGGCAUUAAGUCUUCUAGA